CGGCUAAACCAAAGAAAAUGAAAAGGCCGCAGCACUAAUGAGAGAUGACUACAUGUAUGCAUGCAAGUUGUGGAAAGCCAAGGCAUCUUGCAAGUAUGCUUAGGUUGACAAGGCCAUGCUUUGUUUACUUCACAAACAAAACAAUAGCAAGAACAGCAAAAACAUCCCUUUUUUUUCUAACCUCACAAAGGUUGUUUACAACAAUCAAACAAGAACAAAAACUAAACCACUUGCUCUCUCUGUUACUCCAGAACCCAACAAAAACCCACCAACCAACCCUACAAGUCCACUCAUUUCUACUAUCCACUGGCUUAUUAAGCCAUUCAAUUCUGCUCUUCAACACCCUGCUUAGACUCUAUUCUUUUGGUGAUCAGCCCCACCUAGCUUUCUUGCUCUACAAACAGCUGCAAGAAGUUUACUUUCACUCUUCUUCAUUGCCUCCCCCUUCAUUUGAUAGCUUUACUUACUUUUUCCUCGUAAAUACUAGCACUAACUGUUCUUGUCCAAUUCUUGGAACUCAGUUUCAUAGUCGUAUAUUCAAAGUGGGUUUUCAAUAUCAUGUUUAUGUACAAACUGCGCUUUUGAAUUUGUACUUAUCUAGUGGGGUUUUAGGUGAUGCUAUGAUUUUGUUUGAUGAAAUGCCCAAGAGAAAUGUGGUUACUUGGAAUGUGAUGAUUACUGGGCUGGUUAAAUGGGGUAAACUUGAAUUUGCAAGUUCUCUCUUUGAUGAGAUGCCUGAAAAGAAUGUUGUUUCAUGGACUGGAAUAAUUGAUGGGUAUAUCAGAAACAACAGGUAUAGUGAGGGUUUAUCUUUGUUUCGAAGAAUGGUUGUGUGUGAGGGUAUAAAGCCUACUGAAAUAACUAUUCUUGCAAUUCUACCGGCUAUUUCUAAUAUGGGGGAGUUAAAAUCUUGCAGCUUGAUCCAUGGUUAUGCAGAGAAAAGAGGAUUUAAUGCCUUUGAUAUACGUGUUGUUAAUUCGAUUAUAGAUUGUUAUUCGAAAUGUGGUUGCAUAGCGAGUGCCUUUAAGUUUUUUGAGGAUAUUUCGGUGGAGAGGAAGAAUUUGGUAUCAUGGACAUCCAUCAUUUCCGGGUUUGCAAUGCAUGGGAUGUGGAAGGAAGCGGUGGAAUAUUUUGAAAGGAUGGAGAAAGCAGGUUUGAAGCCAAAUAGAGUGACAUUCUUGAGUGUUUUGAAUGCUUGUAGCCAUGGCGGAUUGGUUGAUGAGGGGCUUAGGUGUUUUUACAAGAUGGUGAAUGAGCAUGGAGUUUUGCCUGAUAUUAAGCAUUAUGGGUGUGUAGUAGACAUGUUGGGGAGGACAGGGAGGCUAGAAGAAGCAGAGAAGAUGGCUUUAGAGAUUCCUAGUGAGAUUGUUAAUGUUGUGAUUUGGAGGACCCUGUUGGGUGCAUGUAGCUUUCAUGGUAAUGUUGAGAUGGGUGAGAGGGUUACAAGGAAGAUAAUGGAGAUAGAGAGAGGAUACGGAGGUGACUAUGUGCUUAUGUAUAACAUCUUUGCUGGUGCUGGACGGUAUGAGGAUGCUGAGAGGUUGAGAAAACUGAUGAACAAGAGAAAUGCCUUUAAACUUCCUGGAAAUAGUUUGGUGUGAAUGAUCGGAGAGCCAGGUGGAUCUAGAGUCUAGUGAGAAUGUCUUUUGGUUUGCAUGUAUUGAUGCCAAGGAAACUGCUAACAGCUCACAAGUGUUUUAACAGGCCAAACUGAGAUCUUUACAUAAAGUUUUUUUAACAUCUCUCGGAAGCCUAAUUCUUGUUGUUUAAUGGUUGUUCGGUGAUAUUUUUUUCAAAACUAUUCCAUAAAAUGGGGAUGAUAUACAUGAACAAGCAUGAAACAUA